AUGGGCAAAUGGCCUGUUUACAGACAGAUCCUGGAGUGUGUGACACAGAUCCUGGCAUCUGUGAGACAGAUCCUGGCAUGUGUGACACAGAUCAUUGAGUCUGUGAGACAGAUCCUGGAGUCUUUGAGACAGACCCUGGCAUCUACAGACCCUGGCAUCUGUGAGACAGAUCCUGGAGUGUGUGAGACUGAUCCUGGAGUGUGUGAGACAGAUCCUGGAGUCUGUGAGACAGACCCUGGCAUCUGUGAGACAGAUCCUGGAGUGUGUGAGACAGAUGCUGGAGUGUGUGAGAUAGAUCCUGGAGUCUGUGAGACAGACCCUGGCAUCUGUGAGACAGAUCCUGGAGUGUGUGAGACAGAUGCUGGAGUGUGUGAGACAGACCCUGGAGUGUGUGAGACAGAUCCUGGAGUCUGUGAGACAGACCCUGGCAUCUGUGAGACAGAUCCUGGAGUGUGUGAGACAGAUGCUGGAGUGUGUGAGACAGACCCUGGAGUGUGUGAGACAGAUCCUGGAGUCUGUGAGACAGACCCUGGCGUCUGUGAGACAGAUGCUGGAGUGUGUGAAACAGAUGCUGGAGUGUGUGAGACAGACCCUGGAGUGUGUGAGACAGAUCCUGGAGUGUGUGAGACAGAUCCUGGAGUCUGUGAGACAGAUCCUGGAGUCUGUGAGACAGACCCUGGCAUCUGUGAGACAGAUCCUGGAGUGUGUGAGACAGAUCCUGGAGUGUGUGAGACAGAUCCUGGAGUGUGUGAGACAGAUCCUGGCAUCUGUGAGACAGAUCCUGGAGUGUGUGAGACAGAUCCUGGAGUGUGGGAGACAGAUCCUGGAGUGUGUGAGACAGAUCCUGGAGUCUAUGAGACAGAUACUGGAGUCUGUGAGACAGAUCCUGGAGUCUGUGAGACAGAUCCUGGAGUGUUUGAUACAGGUCCUCUGCCAGACUUUUACAAGAACGUAUUGCAAAAACAAGCAAGGUUGGAGUAUGAACCGCAACACCUUUAA